ACCAAAAAAUAAAUAAAAAUGGAAUGCAGUCGAUUCGUCCUCGUUUUGGCUUUGACUCUCACCGCGAUCACACCAACACUCUCUACCUACCACUCCGCCACGCUCCUCAACGUCCGCCACAGAGAAAAAGUCACGCGCCUCCACUUCUACCUCUUCGACAUCAUCAGCGGCACCAAACCCAGCGCAGUAGAAGUCGCCCGUCCGAAGGGCACAAAAUACGACAAGUCGGCGACGCCAUUCGGCAGCGUGUGGGCCAUCGACGACGCGCUCCGUGAGGGCCCCGAGUUCACUUCAAAAGUGGUCGGGAAUGCGCAGGGGCUCUACGUGUCAUCCGUCCAGGACGAGAACAGCUUAGGGCUAGUGAUGUACGCGGAUUUCGGUUUUACGACGGGUAAGUUUAACGGGAGCUCCUUCAGCGUGUUCUCGAGGAACCCGAUCAUGGAGCCGGGGGAGCGUGAGCUGGCAGUCGUGGGAGGGAGAGGGAGGUUUAGAAUGGCGAAAGGUUUUGUCAAGGUGAAAACACAAUUUUUGAAUGUUACCAACGGUGACGCCAUUCUUGAGUACAGGGUUACUCUAGUUCAUUAUUGAAUUGAGCAAUGUUGAUCAUGGAAAUAAUUUUUG